AUGGCACCAAAAGAGGACUGGGAGAAGUACAAGGCACCUGCCGAAGAAGAAUCCAAGGAGGAAAAACCCAAUGUUCCUCUUUCAGAAGGAGAUAUCCAGGUUCUAAAGACGUACGGAGCAGCGCCCUAUGCUGACAAGUUGAAGAGUACAGAGAAAGAUUUGAAAGAGAUUGAAAGUCGAAUCAAGGAGAAAGCAGGUGUCAAAGAAAGUGACACCGGGCUCGCCCCCUCGCAUCUGUGGGAUAUGAUGGGGGACAGACAACGUUUGAGCGAAGAGCAUCCGUUGCAAGUGGCAAGAUGCACGAAAAUAAUCAAGCCCGAGGCGACGGAAGAGAACAAUAAUGCUGCAGAAGAAGACGAAGAAGAUUUGAAAUACGUGAUAAAUUUGAAACAGAUUGCGAAAUUCGUUGUAGGGCUCGGUGAGAGAGUCUCGCCAACAGACAUAGAAGAAGGGAUGCGUGUCGGUGUGGAUAGAUCGAAAUAUCACAUUGAAUUACCACUUCCUCCCCGAAUUGAUCCCAGUGUUACAAUGAUGACCGUUGAAGAAAAACCCGACGUCGCUUACAGUGACGUUGGUGGCUGUAAAGAACAAAUCGAAAAAUUGAGAGAAGUGGUCGAAUUGCCCUUGCUAUCACCCGAGCGGUUUGCAACGUUGGGCAUAGAUCCGCCCAAGGGUAUACUCUUGUACGGACCGCCUGGUACCGGUAAGACGCUAUGUGCACGUGCCGUCGCUAACCGAACGGAUGCGACGUUUAUUAGAGUCAUUGGGUCUGAAUUGGUCCAAAAAUAUGUCGGAGAAGGUGCCAGAAUGGUUCGGGAAUUGUUUGAAAUGGCGCGAACCAAAAAAGCCUGUAUUAUAUUUUUCGACGAAAUCGACGCUGUUGGUGGUGCCCGGUUCGACGACGGUGCCGGUGGUGACAACGAAGUGCAAAGAACCAUGUUGGAAUUGAUUACACAAUUAGAUGGAUUUGAUCCGCGUGGUAACAUCAAAGUGAUGUUUGCCACUAAUCGUCCUAACACAUUGGAUCCUGCGUUGUUAAGACCGGGGAGAGUCGAUCGUAAAGUAGAAUUCUCUUUGCCGGACUUGGAAGGUAGGGCCAAUAUUUUCCGUAUUCACUCCAAAUCUAUGAGUGUUGAACGUGGAAUUAGAUGGGAAUUGAUUUCAAGACUAUGUCCAAACUCGACGGGUGCGGAACUAAGAUCCGUAUGCACAGAAGCGGGCAUGUUUGCCAUUAGAGCAAGAAGGAAAGUCGCCACGGAGAAAGAUUUUUUGAAAGCUGUCGACAAAGUCAUAAACGGGUACAAGAAGUUCAGCUCAACUUCGCGCUAUAUGCAAUACAAUUGA